AGGGAUUUUUUUUUGGGCCGAGGGUACAUGGAGUUAUCCUCCAAAAAAAAAUUCAAGUCUUGUUCACUCGAUGUAUUGAUCUCAAACCCAGAUUCGGUACAACUCCGGCGAGUUUCCCCACCUCUUCCGUUCUCAAUCCAGCGACGCUUCUAUUUCUUGAUGACCACAGUAGCCUCCGGCUUCGUAUCUUUCUCGCUGGCGCUGAAUCUGGAGAGACAAAUCGACCAAGAUUCAUCAAAUCUCCUUCUUACACUACCUGUUUUCUCUAACCACCUCUCCAAUUCAAUAGAUUUUCAGGCCAAAUCUCGACGGUCAUGUCCCAACAUCCGAACUCAGUCUGCAUGUCUUCCCGUGGUUUCAGCAUCGUUAACCCAAAUCGAAGUAGACACAACAACAACAACAACAAGCCUCUGUUCAAGUAUUGUCUCGUCAAAACCAAUCUCGGAGGCCUUGCUUAACAUAUCUCUAGCAGAUCUGGAUCCAGGAACUGCAAAGCUUGCGAUUAGGAUCUUGGGUACUGCCUUAUCAGCUUUCGGGUUUCUCUUUAUUUUGAGGAUUGUUAUCAGUUACUCCAAGAGAGCUGAUGCAACUGCAGAUUUGAGUGGUGCUAUUGAGGCAGGAAACAAGGAGACAUUGAGAAGUGCAGCAAACGAACUGUGAAAGUAGUUAGUUAUUAUACCCUCCACUUCAAAGCAAUUGAAUCAAAUACUCUUAUUAAUACAGCUACAAUGUCCCACUCUCCAGGUGAUAAAACAGCUCAAUGACGAUUGUAGUAUUUGUAGACUCUAGUAGUAUGCUUUUAUGUUGUUCGUUUGUGUAAAGCUGAGAACUUUUGGUAGUUUUUGUUGGUCCCUAACCUCGUGUGAGCUUUUUUUUUUACUAUCUUAGUAUAUUUGUAUGAAGAAAGCAUCUUGAACUACUAGUUAAGAACUGAGCUUGUCUUGUGUCUGAAUCGUGAUGUGCUGUCACUGUAUUGAAACUGCAGUUUGAUAGCUGUGGUUAGAUCUUAUUUGGUCUUUCUCUGAUCUGAGACUUUGCCUGACUAUUCUAGAGUUUUGAGUUUGUUUUAUUUUGUUGACACUGAAGUUUGAUGGGUUUCUUUUUCUUGCAGAACAGAUAUGGCAUUGUGGCAAAUGCUUGGAUGGUCAGAAGGAGAUAUAAAUGAGGUCUGAUACAAAGCCAUGAUCUAAAUGAGAUCUUAACAGAUUAUCUGCUUGUGAGUGUUUGGUCUGCUUCCAGCAGCGUUACAGGGGAUUGAUACUAGAGAGAUGCUUGCUGGUGCUGCAAUAAUGUAUGACUAUUAGAGAAAUUGAAGCUUUUCAGAAGGUGCACAGUGGAGUUGAUGAGUUUUAUAGCCAGCAGCGUUGAGUUUCACAUUUUAUUAUAUUUUAGUUACAUCAAAAGUUUGUAUUUUAAUUUAUAUGUUUGAUAAAAAAUAAAGGAUUAAAAUGAUAUUUAGAGUUGAUAAAAAAUAUUUGUAUAUAUAUAAUAUUUUAGAGGUUUA